AUGGGGGGAUUGGGCAAGUCCACCCUUGCUCAGCUUGUAUACAAUGACAAAAAGGUCCAAAAGCAUUUUGACCUUGUAGCAUGGGUUUGUGUUUCAGAGGAAUUUGAUAUGUUUAAAUUAACAAAAACAAUUCUGGAAGCAGUAGCGCCUUCUUCGACCAGUAAUAUUCAAGAUCCAAAUCAGCUUCAACUUCAACUAAAGGAGAAAUUGAUGGGAAAGAAAUUCCUAUUGGUCUUGGAUGAUGUUUGGAAUAGGAAUUACACUGAAUGUGAGAUAUUAAGUAACCCCUUUAAAUCUGGGGCACAAGGAAGUAGGAUCAUCCUAACAACGCGCGAUGUUGAUGUUGCAUCAGCCAUGCGUGCUUUUGAAAUCCAUCAUCUAAAGGAGUUACAAGAGGAGGAUUGUUGGAAACUAUUUGCAAGACAUGCAUUUAUGCAUGAUGCUAACACCUAUAUGCAUUCAGAGUUUGAAGAGUUAGGUCGACAAAUUGUUGAUAAAUGUAAAGGUCUGCCUUUAGCAAUAAAAACAAUUGGGGCCCUCUUGCGAUCCAAAGCACUUGAUGUUAGUGAAUGGGAUAAGGUUUUGAAUAGUGACAUAUGGAGUUUAUCAAAUCAUGAAGAGAUCCAAAUUCUUCCUGCUCUAAGAUUAAGCUAUAAACACCUUCUCUCACAUAUAAAACAGUGUUUUGCUUACUGUUCAAUAUUUCCAAAAGAUUACUCUUUCAAGAAAGAUGAAUUAGUUUUAUUAUGGAUGGCAGAAGGUCUUCUCCACGAAACUGAAAACAAAACAAUGGAAGAAAUUGGUUCUGAUUAUUUUGUCACUCUCGUAUCAAGAUCAUUGUUUCAAAAGUCGAGUGAGGAUGAAUUUAACUUUGUGAUGCAUGAUCUCACCAAUGACUUAGCAAAAUUUGUAUCUGGUGAAUUUACAUUUAGGUUGGAGGUUGAUAGACGUUCUCAUCGAAAUGUUAACAAGACUCGUCAUGUGUCGUAUGCUAGAAAUGUUUUUGAAAACUUUCAGAAGUUCGAGGCACUUCAAGAAGCUACGCAAUUGCGUACAUUUUUUGGCAUUAGAAUCGUCAACACCUUGUUUCUACAUAACUAA